GAGCAAAUAUCCAGGGAGCAAUUGACAUAGGAGAGCAAGUGUCCGGGAAGCAAUUGUCCUUGGGGAGCAACUGUCCUUGGGGAGCAAAUGUCACGAGAGCAAAUGUCGCGGGAGCAAUUGUCGCUGGAGAGCAAUUGUCCGGGGAGCAAUUGUCGCGGGAGCAAUUGUCCGGGGAGCAUCAUUCAUGGAUUCAUGGAUCAGCGGUAAUUUGAUAAGUUACAUUCUAGUGCUACGAAGUUUCUUAUCACUAGCUUUUCUCAAACCUUUCAACUUACUCUUUACAUGCAGUUCCCCAGUUUAUACAUCUUCUACCGCCACAGCAUUUUCUUGCACAACAACCAUCUCCACAACAACCUGCACCUGCUGGACAAAUUCGUCCACCGCCACAACAAAUUGAACCAGGUGCACCACAGAUGGAACCGUCGCAACAAACAUCGCAACAAUUGUCUCCACAACACACUUUUCCUUCUGGACAACAAUGA